AUGAACGGGUACCCGAUGGAGACGGGUUGGCAAAAGAUGAAGCGCCGCUGCCAGGAAGAGCCGCUCGUGCCGCUGGGCUGUCUCGCCACGGCCGGUGUGCUGAUUGGUGGAUUGGCCUCGUUCCGACGCGCGGCGGACGCGGCCACGCAGCAAAAGUUCAUGCGGCUGCGGGUCGUCGCGCAGGGCGCGACAGUCGUUGCAAUGGCUCUUGGAGGGAUUCUGGCGAUCAAGCCAAAGGCUGGAGGCGACGGGGAGUAG